AUGACUGACUACAAAUACUACAAGGACCGUCAACUGUCUUUGGUGUUAGCACCAUUCUCUGGUGGCCAAGGUAAAUUAGGUGUUGAAAAGGGUCCAAAAUACAUGUUGAAGCAUGGUUUACAGAAGGACUUGGAAGAGUUGGGUUGGGGAACCGAGAUCCAAAGUCCCUUAGAUGAGGAAGAAUACGUUAAAAAGGUGAAGGAGAACACCCAGGACCAAUUCGGAAUCAUCAAGAGACCACAACUUGUCGGUGAAGCCACUGAACUUAUCUACAAAUCUGUGACCGAUGUACUAAGCAGGGACAGAUUCCCAGUUACCCUUGGUGGUGACCACUCUAUAGCGAUCGGUACAGUUUCUGCUGCUUUGGACAAGCACCCAAACGCUGGUUUGCUUUGGAUUGAUGCACAUGCUGAUAUCAACACUUUGGAAUCUUCUCCAUCUGGUAACUUACACGGUUGCCCUGUUUCAUUCCUUUUGGGCUUGAACAAAGGUAAGCACGAAAGCUUAAAGUCUUUGGAUUGGGUUCCAGGCAAACUGAAGCCAAACAAGAUUGCAUACAUCGGUUUAAGAGAUGUAGACUCUGGAGAAAGGAAGAUUUUGAAGGAGUUGGGUAUCAAAGCCUUCUCUAUGUACCAUAUUGACAGAUAUGGUAUUAACACUGUUAUCGAAAUGGCACUAGAAGCCAUUAAAGAUCCUGAAUCAGAAAAUACACCAAUUAUUUGCUCUUACGAUGUUGACUCGAUCGACCCACUAUUCGUGCCAGCUACAGGCACACCAGUAAGAGGUGGCUUGACUUUGAGAGAAGGUUUAUUCUUAGCAGAAAGAUUGGCAGAAACUGGUAACUUGAUUUCCUUAGAUGUUGUCGAGUGUAACCCAGAUUUGGCUAUCCAAGAUAUUCAUGUGUCUAACACAAUUUCUGCUGGCUGUGCUAUUGCAAGAUGUGCCUUGGGUGAAACUCUGUUGUAA